AUGGAGCCCAAGGUCUUCUUCACAGUCGUCCAAGGCAACGGCAACCCGCCCCAGGCAAUCAAGGACCUCUACACAUUCACGCCCGCCCUUCUGGACGACCACACCCGCCACCGGGUCCAGCUCGCCGACUACCCGGGCAUGAUCCCCGAAGCCGGCGGCUCCGUCCUCGGCAUCUACGCGACGGGUCUGACGGACGCCAACGUCCUCAAGCUCGACUUUUUCGAGGGCUCCGAGUACGAGAAGAAGAUGGUCACCGUCAGGGUCCGCGGCGGCGGCGGUGGUGCCAGUGCCGGUGUUGGUACUGGUACUGGUGCUGGUACAGAGCAACAGAAAGAGGACAAGGAGGCCAUGGCUUACAUCUACAAGCGCCCAGAGAACCUGGAGCGCGUGGAGUGGUCGUUUGAAGAGUUCCGCAAGGACAAGAUGCACGUCUGGACGCGCGAGAGCUACGUCUUUGAAGGCUGCGACGACUAUGCAGAAUUUGAGAAGGUCGAGAAGGAAGAUGCAAACGGUCACGGGGAGAAGAAGGAUGAGGUUGCCAAGUAG